GGAGUACUUGCUAAAGUUAUACUACCUGCUACUUCCGGGUUGGAGCGAGCAGUCGCAUCCGCACUUCGGUCUGCACUUCGGUCUGCAGGAGACAGAAUGCAUCUCCUUCCUGAGAUCACUACCAUCCCUGACCUGAUGGAGUGGCAGGACCGGCUUAUUACUGAGAUCAGUACUAUCACUGACCUGAUGGAGUGGCAGGACUGGCUUAUUACUGAGAUCAGUACUAUCCCUGACCUGAUGGAGUGGCAGGACCGGCUUAUUACUGAGAUCACUACUAUCCCUGACCUGAUGGAGUGGCAGGACCGGCUUAUUACUGAGAUCAGUACUAUCCCUGACCUGAUGGAGUGGCAGGACUGGCUUAUUACUGAGAUCAGUACUAUCCCUGACCUGAUGGAGUGGCAGGACUGGCUUAUUACUGAGAUCAGUACUAUCCCUGACCUGAUGGAGUGGCAGGACCGGCUUAUUACUGAGAUCACUACUAUCCCUGACCUGAUGGAGUGGCAGGACUGGCUUAUUACUGAGAUCACUACUAUCCCUGACCUGAUGGAGUGGCAGGACCGGCUUAUUACUGAGAUCAGUACUAUCCCUGACCUGAUGGAGUGGCAGCACCAGCAGCACCGGCAGCACCGGCAGCACCGGCAGCACUGGCAGCACCGGCAGCACUGGCAGCACCGGCAGCACCGGCAGCACCGGCAGCACAAGUUUAUUUCUAUCCUUUUGGAAUAUUUCCUGAUAACAAUGUUACAUUUCAUAACUUCUUAUAACAAUAAAAGCUAAUUUACCAACAUUUCUGAAAAUGGAUAUAUAGCGUUUUGGAAUUAAACUCUUCAGAUCAAUAUAGAGAGAGAAGAGGGUUCACAAUGUUUUUUCUGAUAUUGAAUGUUGCAGUCACAGAUGGGUUCAUUUUAUCUUUAUAAUCAAACAACAAAAGGUUCAGAGAUCUAAUGUGGCAACCACUUCCUGGCUGAGCAAACAGGAUGGAGUGAGAGACAGACCUCUGUCCAUACAGAGUGUAUCUCUCCACAGCAGAGUGUCCGUCUCCUGCCCCAACAUGACAGGAGACGAUCUGAGAUUCCACCUCUCUUUGAACCAGUCCCUCGUUCACACCACAGUGCUCAAGAGGAACCAGAAUCACACCAGAAACAACCAAUCAGACACCUGGGUCCAGUUCUACCUAGCUGAACAGAACCUGAACCACAACCUAACCAACCGCUAUGUGUUCACGGUCAACGGAACAGGACUGUACAUCUGCAGAGCAGAGAGGCUGUGGUCACCCCCUUAUAAAGUGGACUCUGUUCACACUCUACUGAUAACAGAGAAGCAGUGUCUGAAACCCCAUGAUCCACUGGCCAAACAGAGUUGUGUGGAGGAUCCUAAUCCCCUCCUUCUGUGUCUGCUGCUGGUCGGAUGUGGGGUGCUACUCCUCUACAGCACCAUCCUCACCAUCAUCGUCAUCCUCAUCUGGAGGAAGCUGAAGAAGGAAGUGUCUGCUCAGAGUACAUACCUGAACAUAAAGCUAGGAGAGAAGAGAGUUCCUCAGAGAGUCCAGUAUCCAGUCACCGGAAGGUUCUGACGCUGACCUUCCUAAGGCAGUGUGUGCACUACUAGAAUGGCUUCAUACUGCAUUGGAACGGCUUCAUACUGCAUUAGAAUGGCUUCAUACUGCAUUGGAACGGCUUCAUACUGCAUUAGAAUGGCUUCACGAUGCAUUGGAACGGCUUCACGAUGCAUUGGAACGGCUUCACGAUGCAUUGGAACGGCUUCAUACUGCAUUGGAACGGCUUCAUACUGCAUUAGAACGGCUUCAUACUGCAUUAGAACGGCUUGAUACUGCAUUAGAACGGCUUCAUACUGCAUUGGAAUGGCUUCAUACUGCAUUAGAACUGUUUCAUACUGCAUUAAAACGGCUUCAUACUGCAUUGGAACGGCUUCAUACUGCAUUAGAACUGUUUCAUACUGCAUUAGAACGGCUUCAUACUGCAUUGGAAUGGCUUCAUACUGCAUUAGAACUGUUUCAUACUGCAUUAAAACGGCUUCAUACUGCAUUGGAACGGCUUCAUACUGCAUUAGAACUGUUUCAUACUGCAUUAGAACUGUUUCAUACUGCAUUAGAACGGCUUCAUACUGCAUUAGAACUGUUUCAUACUGCAUUAGAACUGUUUCAUACUGCAUUGGAAUGGCUUCAUACUGCAUUAGAACUGUUUCAUACUGCAUUAGAACGGCUUCAUACUGCAUUAGAACUGUUUCAUACUGCAUUAGAACUGUUUCAUACUGCAUUAGAACUGUUUCAUACUGCAUUAGAACGGCUUCAUACUGCAUUAGAACUGUUUCAUACUGCAUUAGAACUGUUUCAUACUGCAUUGGAAUGGCUUCAUACUGCAUUAGAACUGUUUCAUACUGCAUUAGAACGGCUUCAUACUGCAUUAGAACUGUUUCAUACUGCAUUAGAACGGCUUCAUACUGCAUUAGAAUGGCUUCAUACUGCAUUGGAAUGGCUUCAUACUGCAUUAGAACUGUUUCAUACUGCAUUAGAACUGUUUCAUACUGCAUUGGAACGGCUUCAUACUGCAUUAGAACGGCUUCAUACUGCAUUAGAACUGUUUCAUACUGCAUUGGAACGGCUUCAUACUGCAUUAGAAUGGCUUCAUACUGCAUUGGAACUGUUUCAUACUGCAUUAGAACUGUUUCAUACUGCAUUAGAACUGUUUCAUACUGCAUUGGAACUGUUUCAUACUGCAUUAGAACGGCUUCAGAAUACAUUAUUCUUACAGGCUUUAAGUAAAGUUUCACCAAUCAGGAUGUUUGUAUUAAAGGGUGUUGACCGACACUGUAUAAUCUCUGUGUUGACUGCCUCCCUAUUGGUUAAUGCUUUGUAUAAUCUCUGUGUUGACUGCCUCCCUAUUGGUUAAUGCUUUGUAUAAUCUCUGUGUUGACUGCCUCCCUAUUGGUUAAUGCUUUGUAUAAUCUCUGUGUUGACUGCCUCCCUAUUGGUUAAUGCUUUGUAUAAUCUCUGUGUUGACUGCCUCCCUAUUGGUUAAUGCUUUGUAUAAUCUCUGUGUUGACUGCCUCCCUAUUGGUUAAUGCUUUGUAUAAUCUCUGUGUUGACUGCCUCCCUAUUGGUUAAUGCUUUAUAUAAUCUCUGUGUUGACUGCCUCCCUAUUGGUUAAUGCUUUGUAUAAUCUCUGUGUUGACUGCCUCCCUAUUGGUUAAUGCUUUGUAUAAUCUCUGUGUUGACUGCCUCCCUAUUGGUUAAUGCUUUGUAUAAUCUCUGUGUUGACUGCCUCCCUAUUGGUUAAUGCUUUGUAUAAUCUCUGUGUUGACUGCCUCCCUAUUGGUUAAUGCUUUGUAUAAUCUCUGUGUUGACUGCCUCCCUAUUGGUUAAUGCUUUGUAUAAUCUCUGUGUUGACUGCCUCCCUAUUGGUUAAUGCUUUGUAUAAUCUCUGUGUUGACUGCCUCCCUAUUGGUUAAUGCUUUGUAUAAUCUCUGUGUUGACUGCCUCCCUAUUGGUUAAUGCUUUGUAUAAUCUCUGUGUUGACUGCCUCCCUAUUGGUUAAUGCUUUAUAUAAUCUCUGUGUUGACUGCCUCCCUAUUGGUUAAUGCUUUGUAUAAUCUCUGUGUUGACUGCCUCCCUAUUGGUUAAUGCUUUGUAUAAUCUCUGUGUUGACUGCCUCCCUAUUGGUUAAUGCUUUGUAUAAUCUCUGUGUUGACUGCCUCCCUAUUGGUUAAUGCUUUGUAUAAUCUCUGUGUUGACUGCCUCCCUAUUGGUUAAUGCUUUGUAUAAUCUCUGUGUUGACUGCCUCCCUAUUGGUUAAUGCUUUGUAUAAUCUCUGUGUUGACUGCCUCCCUAUUGGUUAAUGCUUUGUAUAAUCUCUGUGUUAACUGCCUCCCUAUUGGUUAAUGCUUUGUACGAAGCUGUUUGUGUUUCAAAAGUAAAGGAAGGAGAAAGUUCA